AGUAACUAAUAAUAAACAGUAGAAGACAGUGUACAGCCUCAAUAUCGAAAUUGGCGAGUCCACUCAAUCCAGAAUCCAGAUUCUUCUACGAAUGUUGCGUUGCGUUGUGGUUGUUUUGCCGAUAGCUGCAGAGUGCAGACGUGUGGAGUGACAAGCGUUUGAACAUUUUCGAACUAACAAUCGAGUGGUGAGAUCAGCCGUGAGAAACCGAAGAUGGAAGCUAAGCCAAAACUGAGUCAGGAAGCCGCGUGGAAGAAGCUACAGGACUACUACAACGCUAAUGGUGCGAAAAUCAACAUAAAUCAACUGUUUCAACAGGAUCCCGGCCGCUUCGACAAGUUUAGUUUGACGCUAGACACUCCGCAAGAUGGGCCCAUUCUUAUUGAUUAUUCCAAAAACCGAGUCACCGAUGAAGUUCUCAGCUUGUUGCUGCAAUUGGCAAGAGACCGUAAAAUAGAGCAGGCUCGUGAUGCAAUGUUCACUGGACAAAAGAUCAACUUCACAGAAGGUAGAGCAGUACUCCACACUGCCUUGCGUAACAGGGCUAACACUCCUAUUUUGGUUGAUGGAAAAGAUGUGAUGCCUGAUGUAAAUGCUGUCUUGGCUCACAUGAAAGAAUUUACAAACCAGGUCAUAUCUAAAGCAUGGAAAGGAUUCACUGGUAAACCAAUUGAGGAUGUUGUUAAUAUUGGUAUUGGUGGUUCUGAUUUGGGACCACUGAUGGUCACGGAAGCUUUAAAACCAUAUCAUGUUGGACCAAGAGUUCACUUUGUUAGUAAUAUUGAUGGAACUCAUAUAGCUGAAACUUUGAAGAAACUAAACCCAGAAACAGCUCUUUUCAUUAUUGCAUCAAAAACUUUCACCACACAAGAAACUAUUACCAAUGCUACUUCUGCCAAGAAGUGGCUUCUUGAACAUCUGAAAACUGAUGCUGCUGUAGCUUCUCAUUUUGUGGCACUAUCUACCAAUAAUCAAAAGGUUAAGGAGUUUGGUAUCGAUGAGAAGAACAUGUUUGGUUUCUGGGAUUGGGUUGGAGGAAGAUAUUCACUGUGGUCUGCCAUUGGUUUAUCAAUUUCCUUAUCCAUUGGUUUUGAUAACUUUGAGAAACUACUGGAAGGAGCCUUCUAUGCAGAUCAACACUUCCGUACAGCUCCAUUAGAAAAGAAUGCACCUGUGAUUCUCGCUUUAUUAGGAAUCUGGUACCAUAAUUUCUAUAAAGCUGAAACUCACGCGUUAUUGCCAUACGAUCAAUAUCUUCACAGAUUUGCUGCAUACUUCCAACAAGGUGAUAUGGAAAGUAAUGGAAAAUAUGUAACAAGAUCUGGAGAUGUUGUUGACUAUUCAACAGGACCUAUUGUCUGGGGAGAACCUGGAACAAACGGACAACACGCAUUUUAUCAAUUAAUCCAUCAGGGCACAAGGCUUAUUCCAGCAGAUUUUAUUGCACCUGCACAAUCACAUAACAAGGUACAAGGAGAUUUGCAUCACAAAAUUCUUUUGUCAAACUUCUUGGCCCAAACUGAGGCUUUGAUGAAGGGUAAGAGUCCAGAUCAAGCACGAGAUGAAUUGCAGAAAUCUGGAAUCAGUGCAGAUCAAGUAAACCAUCUAUUGCCUCAUAAAGUCUUUGAGGGAAAUAGACCAACCAACAGCAUCCUUGUAAAGAAACUUUCUCCCUUCACCUUGGGAGCUCUGAUUGCCACCUAUGAACACAAAAUCUUUGUACAAGGAAUCAUUUGGGAUAUCAAUUCCUUUGAUCAGUGGGGUGUGGAAUUGGGCAAACAAUUGGCUAAAGCUAUUGAGCCAGAACUGAACAAUGCUGACAAGAUCACUAGCCAUGAUUCUUCUACAAACGGAUUGAUUGCAUUCAUAAAAGCUCACAGUACUUAAAAAGUUUUCCAAGGAGUAGCUUAGUAAAAGAAAUCGGGAAAAUACUUAGAUCUGUGAGAGGUCAUCAUCAGUCUCGAGCGAUAUUUUGGUUACAACCCAGGAUGCGUCUACAAUGGCCUACCAGCCUUCUUCAAAACUCAGGCUUGAAUGUGUACUUUGCUGUUUGUUACUCCCUUAUAAAUCUUAAAACUUGAUUGGUGUUUAUUUUAACAUGCAGUCUACCUGCAGUGUUCGCUUGUGAUUACUCUCGUAGUUUAUGUAGAUCAUAAACCUAUAUGAAGUUUGUUUGUAAAUGAAAUUUCUAGUCUCUCUUUAUAGAUUUGAGAGAAUUUUAGAAUAUUACUCACAUACAAUAUUGCAUAUUCUGAUGGACCUAAUGCCUAUUAUUCAUAUAUUAAUGGUUGCAAAUGUGAUUUAUCGAAAAGUGAUUCACCUAUUUUGUUAUACAAAUGUUUCGCCCGUCUUUUUUAUGUUUGAUAAAAUCGUUGUUUGAUUGAUAUCUUUUUUUUGAUACAUGCCAUUCACACAUCAAAUGGAAUUAUCAGUAAUUUACACUUUGAAAAAAGUAUUUAAAUAUGUUCCAUAUUAAAAUGGGAGUACUAGUCCACAAGAAUGUUCGAUCGGUGGCAUUGUUGUUAUCGUUGUUGACGUUGUAAUAAAUUUAAUAUAACGUACAAAACGCGAAA